AUGACGCGAUACUAUCACGAUUCGAGUCGAAAAUUCAAGGAACUCCGCGGCCAUAGCUCAUGGAACAAGUGGCACAAGGCUGUGCUCGUGCAGCUCGACAUGAUGGGUCUUCGACAUCUGCUACAGGCCAAUCUCCGGCCGCUGAGCGUCGUGGAGCAGUAUACGUACGCCGCAGACCAGCAGCGGGCCGUGCAGCUCCUCGUGACCAACAUGUCGGAACAGGUUCUGCAGAAGCUCUGGAACUGCGGGUGGGAGAUCACCGGCGCCACGCUCAAGAACACUCUCGCGCUGCUGACUGAUCUGCUGGCCGAACCAGAGCGGCAUCUGCAGCAGAGCUACGAAACACACCGCGACAUUGUAGACCUGGCACGCAUCGACCUGGCGCUGGGGACCAAGGGGUUUGACCAGUUCCUCGCGGACGCGCAGCAGUGCCACCUGCGGCUGCUCGCGCGCUACGGCGGCGGCAACGGGAGCGUCGAGGAGCUGCUCGAGCACCUGUUCACCUCGUCGAUCAUGGAAGGGCUCAGGGCCGCCAAGCCGACGGACUACACGGAAUGGAUGCGGGCGCUGGAGCGGGAGACGUGGCACCACCACCCGUUUGUGGAGCAGAUAAUCUCGCUGGUUAAGGGACCUCGUCUGGGCGGCAGUGGCAGGACAGCAGAAGACGCUGCGUUGGCGUUGGCGGGCGCGCCGCGAGGGCCGAGGGAGUGGGAGCGAAAGGAAUGGGAGAGACGCCGCGCUCGACGGCUUGCGAAGCGAAGCCGCACGGCAUGGCGACUGCCGCCUUACGUGACCUAUCAAAAGAGGUAUCGGGGAAAAGACUAUCCCGAUUGUUAUCGGCCGAGUCAUGAGGGCGAUGCGGAAGAGACGAGGAAUGAUCGUUUGUGUUCGUUGGAUGAGAUACUAUGA